AUGGCCGCCCUCCCAAAGGAACAGGACGUCUCCCUCGCCCCGGAGGACCUCAAGGCCCGCCUCAAGGAGUCUUACGACACCAUCGCCCCGGCCUACAAUGACUGGACCCUCCAGCAGACCACCCUCCGCCUCGAGUACCUCGAAAAGCUCAUGGAGAAGCUGCUCGUCGCGAAGCCGCUCUCCGGGCAGAUGUCGCUCGUCCUCGAGCUCGGCUGCGGCUGCGGCCUCCCCGUCACCGACCGGCUGCUGACCACCCCGGACCUCUUCGUCACGGCCAACGACCUCUCCAGCACCCAGAUCCAGCUGGCCAGGGAGAACCUCGCCAAGCACGGCACCGACCGCGUCACCUACGUCGAGGGCGACAUGAUGGCCCUCGAGUUCUCCGAGGGCUCCUUCGACGCCAUCCUCGGCAUGUACUCCGUCAUCCACCUGCCCCGCGAGGAGCAGAGCGAGAUGAUUCGCCGCAUGGCCAAAUGGCUGAAGCCCGGCGGCCUGCUACUCGUCAACUUCUCUGCCGAGAAGUCGCCCGGUCACGUCGUGGACGAGUGGCUGCACGAGAAGGGCUGGAUGUACUGGAGCGGCUGGGGCUCUGAGGAGACGCUCGCCCAGAUCAAGGAGACCGGACUGGAGGUCCUCUUGGACGACAUCGUGAAGGAUGAGACUGACUCUACUUUCUUGUGGCUUCUCGCGAAGAAAUAG